AUGUCACCCACAAGCGCUUCCAAUAUCACCAAUUCGUUGAAGACCGCCAGCAAUGUAGUACAGUCAUACGUACUCGUGGUUUGCGCAGUCGUCGCCUGGUACAAUGCAAUUGAGUUGAUCAUCCUCUGUUUCGCCUCGUUCAAACGUCGACGUGGGAUAUACUUCUGGAGUUUGCUCGUUUCAUCUGCCAGCAUUAUUCCGCUAUGCCUCGGAUAUCUCCUGCUGUUAUUCCCUACAGGCGUCUCUCUAUAUGCCUGUGUGACAUUAAUCCUUUUCGGUUGGGUCUUCAUGGUGACUGGACAGUCCGUGGUUCUGUGGUCAAGACUUCAUCUCGUACUCCAGAACACGAGUAUUCUCUCAGGAGUGCUGCGGAUGGUAAUAGUCGAUGCCCUCAUCUUCCACAUCCCUAUCAUUGUGUUAAUGUAUGGGACAGUGACAGUUCCAGGUGGUGCCUGGUCACGCGGCUACAGUGUGAUGGAACACGUCCAGCUAGUGGGUUUCUGCGUGCAGGAGUCCAUCAUCUCAGGGAUAUACGUAUGGAGUACCUUGCAGUUGCUGCGGCUAAGGCCACAAGGCCGCCCGAGCGCGAUUCUCUAUCAACUUCUCGCCAUCAGUAUCAUUAUUCUUAUUCUCGACGUCGCAGUCGUCAUCAUCGAAUACCUUGGUUACUAUGCCGUGCAGGUAAUGUUCAAGCCGGUUGCCUAUAGCGUCAAGCUCAAGCUGGAGUACGCCAUCUUGGGCAAACUGGUCACCGUUGCUUGCAGAGAGUAUACCUGCCCGGAGUUGCCUUCCAGUGCAAAUGAGAUUGACUACUCUUCGUCAACUGUCAUCGCAUAUCGAGUAUCGCCCCAGUGUCAAUGGAUAGCAAGGCCUACUCCAGCUUCAGGGAGGAAGAUUCACUGUGAAAGCUCUCGUCCGAUGUGA